CCCAGGUUCCGGGUCUACUGCGGGAGUAUGCACGCGUUACGGUUCAACUGCCGACUAUGAGGAGUGUGCACACGUUACGGGUCUACUGCCGACUAAAGGGUAGUUCCCAGGUCACGGAUCAAAUCUUAGGGGGUAUUCAAUUUUUUCCAUUAGUGGCAUAUUCGGUUGUCCUGGUGCUAGUCAACGUUUUGGAAACGUUUGGACACUUUCGGUGAAAAGCGCCCUCUAGCGGAUAAAAUACAACCUAGUACCUAUAAAUGUGGAUAGGUGGCGCUGUGUGGUAAUUUUAAGAACUAUUGGGGGUAAGGUGAUACAGCCAUCGAGUGAAGCGCUUGGUUCAAAAGGUAACACACACACACACACACAACUCUGCACAAUUCUUGUUAUGAUGAACAAUCUCCUGUAAUUAAUAAUUUCUGGGUGGGCAAGAAAGCAGUCGCGACACUACACCAUCAUGCAGGCCGAGGUUCACCAAGCGGGCACAGAAUUGGAGAAUUUUGACCUUGUCACCGACGUCGAUGAAGUGGCUUUACUAAACCCCUUGAUCCUGAAAAAAGUCUUCUCCUCCUUGGACACCCCCACUUUAAAGUCAGUCCGCCUCGUCUGUCCCGUUUGGGCCGACGUGGGAGCCAGAUUUCUCGGCAAGCAGGGUCGCCUCACCUUUUCGACACCGCACAACCGCAUAAUUAAUAAAGAGUUGACCCCAUUCAAUCACGACCUGGCCAAGAAUAUAAAAUUACUAUUCUACACAACCAGGGCAUGUUACUGCAACGCUGUUUGUACAUGUUCUCCUUAUCUUCCCCCCAAUUUCGUCACAAUUUUGCCCGAAAUUUCAAACAAGUUAGAAACCCUCAAAUUCUUCUGCGUCAGGGCGUUUGAACCAGCCCAUGAAAUUUGGAGCGCUUAUCAUUUCCCAAAUCUGACCCACAUCUCGAUCACCGCAAACGGAGAAGACAUCGAUAACAAGGGGCGACCACGGCUCGAGAUGACUGAAUUUCAACUCCUCCCAAAUCUAAAAGUGUUCUCCGUGACAAUCACACCCAGCUGUGAGAAAGUCUCGUCAAAGAUCUGGAUGUCAACCUUUUGUCAAAAGCUGCUCAACUCAGCCCCCAACCUGGAAGAAGUCGACCUUAACACAAGCUUCUAUCGGAAGUUUACAGAAUGCAGAAAACUCAGAAAUUUGAGUUUGAAACUUGAUUCUUGGGGUAAUUUUCAAUUCGAAAUAUCUCAGAUGACGAAAAUGCUGGAUAGUUGUCGAAAUUCUGUGGAAAGUUUGACCUUGGAUUAUUUGGGUUGGUAUAAUGGCCCGAUAGAGCUGAAUUUCCACUUCCCGAAUCUCACCCACUUAAGAAUUGAUGAUGCCGACGUGUAUGUCAUUAGGAACUCGUUAAACAUCACAAAUCUCCCAAAAUUGACGCAUUUCUCCUUAUCGAGCCUGGAUCCUUCGUUCCAAUCCAAGAUUUCUGCCUGGCUUGACCACUACAAUUUGCGACACAGUGGGAUAACGUCGCUCGAUAUGGUUACCCUCAUUAUCCCGAAAUUGGCAACGAGGAUGGGGAAGCUGCCAGAAUACUGGUCAAUCUCUUCCCGGCCGUGAAGGAAUUAAAAUUGAAGUUGAAGAUUUACCACAUCCAUGAUUACGACCCAUAUUUUUUGGCUUUGAUGGAAACCAUGCGAGCUUUUGGUGAUUGGGAGUUGACAUGCGGACAAGUCGAGUUUGACGGUUUGAUCCAUGAGGAUCGCGACUUUGGUUCGGAACUGGUGAUUGCCGUAUUACGAGGAAUGUCGGGAUGGAGAGGUUUAGCCAAUACUUCGCUUCAAUUUACUGGUCAUGACCAGCGUCACGUGGAGUUUAAACUGUUGGAUGAAGUGCAGGAUGCCCUUCUGUCAUGCAGGAUGAUUCGAAGCUUGACAAUUAUUGGAUUUCAGAUGGCCGAGGAAACCAAGAACAAUUUUGAGACGUUUAUUCGAGAACAUAACUUGCCAAUUAGUGUCACUGAUUAAAUAAUGGCUCCAUUCCAUUUAUGUAUUGGGUGAUUCAAUUACUUGAACUUCAAAAAUUUCGUCGUUCCAUUUUUAUUAGUAUUUUUGAUGUUUUAUGUUAAAAUGCGUGCUAAAUGUCAUUAAGUUUUGGGAGAGUUUGUCACGAAAUAGAAUAUUGAGUUUAGAGACCUUA